AUGGAAACCCACGACAAUUCGGAACGUUCGCUGUCUGUCUUGGUUCUUGGAGAGUCCAACACCGGGAAAACAUGUUUCACAGACAUGGCAAGUCGCUGUCUGUUCACCACUGCGACCAAAUUUGCAUAUUACGAUCCUACGUCGUCUGAAAAGAGGGAAAGGGCUAUAGUUGUCGACGGCAUCCGCUACUCACUACUUCUGGCAGACUUCAGCACGACUAUGCCUGCCGUUGAAGACGGGGAUGUCGGCUGGUACCGCAAGUUGUUAAAGACGGCCUAUGAGACGUGCCAGGGCGUUGUUCUUCUAUUUUCUCUGACCGACAGAUCAAGCUUCGACAAGAUUACGAAGCAAGAUUACUUGUCGAUUAUAUUGGCCCGGAAACGUAUCACUGAACCGAGUUUGAGGGUUCCUCAUCAACUUCGGUAUCCGGCCGGACAGCAAAGGUUCGGUUGCAUUCUCGUUGGAAAUAAGCUUGACCUUGCAAAAGACGGUAGAGAGGUAGCAAAGGAAGUUGCUCAGGCAUGGGCGGACUCCCAGGGCAUCGAUUACUUCGAAUUGGAUACCAACAAGCAAGAACCAAUAGAGGAAGCCAUACGCGCAUUGAUUAGGUCAAUCCAACGGGCUCAAAGAUGGGACGCUCAGGAUCUGGAGGAAGAGCUUGAGAAGAUGAAACAGCAGGCCGCGAUUGGCAGUGCGGAAAAGGCUACGCAUCCGCUCUCCACCAGAGCAGGACAGUAA